GCGACGUCACCAAGAAUUUAUCGACGAGCUUCCACACUUUCCCGAUUUAGCGAUAUUUAAAGUACGCUUGGGUCCCCAUUAUCGCGGAAACUUUGAGAUUAGAUUUUCGUGACUUGUAGAUUAUUACCCCUAAUAACAAUACCUAAACCUAAACCUAUUAUUAUAUUUUUAUUUUAUAUUUAGUCUAUUGCUUCCUCAUCUCAGUCCUUACCUAACCUACCUGGGACCUUAGGUAGUCACGAUGUUCUGGAGCAAAGGACCAGACAAGACUGAAGCUGCAAAAGAUAAUAAGACAACACCAGCUGCAGCUAACACCAGCUCGCGCAGCGAUGUUAACGAGUCCGAUCCCAAUAAGCUCCCAGUGCAGCAAAAGCUGCCGAAAGGCUUACAAAAGAUAGCCGAAAAGUCCGAAAAGGGCGAGAAAGUCCUGGAAGAAAUUGUAGAAGGACAAGCGCCCGACACUACAGAAACCAAGUUACGAUAUGCCGCCUACGCGAACCGACUACGAACUAUUAUGCUCUCGGCCCACCGUUACGUGGCAUAUACCUCGGAUAUAGGAGAAUCCUUCAGGCCAGUCGCACAUCCGUGGCUAGUUAGAGCUGCAUAUGGUGUAUCGUGGGCGUACAUCGUAGGCGAUGUCUCGUAUGAAGGAUACAAGGCCUAUUUGAAAAACCAGCGGAAGAUGAACCCGCAGCUAGUCUUGUCAGAAAGGCAACAGAAAGUUAUCGGAUUAUCGACUCCUGCGCCCGCUGACGCCAAGCCCGAAGUUGUGUCGCCCUUAGAGGAUUACCGGGUCGUCAUGCUUCAGCGGGCUAUUUUCCAGAGCGUUGCUUCCAUGGGACUGCCUGCGUUCACGAUCCAUAGCGUCGUUAAAUAUUCGGGGAGGGCCAUGAGGAACGUCAAGAAUAAGACGCUUAGAGUAUGGGGUCCUAUAGGACUCGGUCUUGCCGUUGUGCCAUUCUUACCAACGCUCUUUGACAAGCCGGUCGAGAAUGCGGUUGAGUGGAUGUUCCAUAAAGGAUUUGAGGCAUAUGGUGGACGUCAGUACGUUGGCGAAUCCCCAACGACGGGACGAGAAGCCGCCUUAAAGCAGAGGCCACACCCUCAGUCGAAGGAAAAGGAACUGUAGGGGUAUGGAUAUUAAGACAAAAUAAUAAUAAAAAGUAUAUAUAGUGUACAGGGAGUAAGAUCGUCUCCACUCAAGGGGGGACAUAUUUUUAUAUCACCACAAAACCUGGAUUAGGGAUGAUAAGAGAUUACCGUAGAAUGCAUGUAUACAUU